CAUGUUUGGGCUUAGUCCAAUUGAUAGCAUUUCACUAAAGUGGCAUUUAUAACCGUUGGAUCAACAUGUUAAAAUUACAACCACAAUCAAGCUAAGACCGUUGAGCAGAGUAGGGACGUUUAAAAGGUCAUCUUCAAAAAUAGCACCCAGCUUUAAUAAGCAGGGGCAGACAUGCCGAAACUGACAACCAUGGAAACGUUACACAAGACGCUGGAUCUCAGCGUGUAUCGGACCAAUUUUCGAAUCAGGUGUCUCCUGGUUCAACGAAUGGCAGCAAGAGCAUCCCCUUGGAUUUUCUUGUCCAAGGCAAAUAGCAGAGCCUUUAAGCAAGGAAAAGAAAGAGUCGAGGUGCUUAUUUCGCAGCAUCUGAUCCACUACCAGAAGCAGGAGGCGGCCAACCUUGAAGUACGCCAAAAUCAAAUUUCGCUAGGGUACACGCCGGGCCUGCGAUAUCUGCUAUCUAUUUUCGAAUUCUGGAUGGAUAAGCCAAAAUUGGAUGCACCUGAAUCUGAUGAUGAUCUCCUCUCCAAUAUCCCCAAAAGAGAAUGAAUGUACAUGGACGAGAAAGAAAACGGGCUGGAAAUAACGGAGUAUUCUCAUACUCCAAAGCCAACGAUAUUUUUCGUAGAAACCCAAACCCUCCCCCCAAUUCAUCUCCUUCCACUCUAAAGUCCCCAGACCAAAAUAAACUCUGUAAGUACUGGAUGGCUGGCCACUGUCACAGAGGUGACAAGUGCUGGUACUUGCAUUCUUGGUCUCUUGGGGAUGGCUUCACUAUGUUGGCAAAGCUUGAGGGCCACAAGAAGACCAUUAGAGGGAUUGCCCUUCCUUCAGGGCAUGACAAGCUUUAUUCUGGAAGCUCCGAUGGAACUGCACGGAUAUGGGACGGCCACACUGGAAAGUGUCUUCAUUUUACUAAUCUUGGAGAUGAAGCUGGAUCUUUGAUUACUGAGGGUGCCUGGGUGUUCAUUGGCAUGAAAAAUGUAGUCAAGGCAUUAAAUAUUCACUCAGACCUUGAAUUAAAUCUAAAAGGGCCAGUUGGGCAAGUCUAUGCCAUGAUUGUUGCUGGGGAUAUGCUUUUUGCUGGGGCACAAAAUGGUGGUAUUAUUGCAUGGAGAGCAAGUUUUGAGACCGAUUCUUUUCAGUUAGCUGCGUCCCUGGAAGGCCACAAUGGAGCUGUCUCAUGCUUGGCUGUGGGAGACAAAAUGUUAUUUUCUGGGUCUCUGGAUAAAACAAUCAGGGUGUGGGACAUUGACACAUUUCAAUGCAUUAAGACUUUCAGUGGACAUGCUGAUGUUGUGACAUCUCUUGUUCAUUGUAAUGGAUAUUUGUUCUCAAGCUCACUUGACUGCACCAUUAAAGUUUUGUUUGCAACAGAAGGACAAAAUUGGGUGGUGCUCUAUACUCAUAAAGAGGAAAAUGGUGUGCUUACAUUAUGUGGAAUGAAUGAUGCUGAAACUAAACCAGUCUUGUUCUGCUCUUACAAUGAUGACACCAUUCGCCUUUAUGACUUGCCCUCGUUCUGUGAGAGAGGCAGAAUAUUUUCAAAAAGAGAAGUGAGAGUGAUUGAAAGAGGACCAAAAAACCUGUUCUUCACAGGGGAUGCAAGUGGCUCAUUGACUGUUUGGAAAUGGCGGCAAAACCCUCAAGGAAGCUCUUGAUUCUCACUUCAAUUCUGCACCUCAUCUCUUGCUGCUUGCUAAUCUCAUUUUGAUUUUUUUCUUCUUUUUGGCUGUACACAUACAUAUUCAGAAGCAUAGAUACUGAUAUAUACAAUUUGUAUAGAUUCCCUGUUUGUUGCUUGUUGAAUUGCACUGCUGCUUGUAAUUCAAUUUUGAAAAGAAUGAGAAUGUUUUUUUAUUCAUUCAA